AAUACUACAAAUAAUACUUUACUCUAUGAUAUUGAAUUAUUGAUCAUCGAAUAAAAUGGAGCAAUUUGUAACUUGUAAAUGAAUAUAAAUUUGGUUUGAUUUAAAAGUACAUCAAAAUAUAGUUUAAGUUAAGGAAUAGAUGUGAAAUCAUGAGUUUUUCCAUUGACGAAGUGAAUUUUCUUGUGUACCGAUACCUGCAAGAAUCAGGAUUUCAUCAUUCGGCAUACACUUUUGGUAUCGAAUCUCACAUAUCCCAAAGCAAUAUAAACGGGGCGCUGGUGCCGCCCGCUGCGUUGUUAAACAUACUACAGAAAGGACUGCAAUACACAGAAGCAGAAAUUACUAUCGCUGAAGACGGUAAUGAAACUCGCCUGACAGAGAGUCUCAGUCUUAUAGAUGCUGUAACUCCAGACAUAGUGGCGGCAAGACAAAAUGCCCACAAUGCCCAAAAACAAGCAAAUAAGGAGCUUGGCUCAGGAGGAGAGCAAAAUGGUGUUGAUGCAACAACGUGCAGUGCACCAUCAACAACUGGAGGUGCAGCAACACCUGUUGCUGCUGAUAAUAUGGAUGUAGAUCAAUCAAUCGAAAUACCUGCCAGCAAAGCUACUGUCCUUAGAGGACAUGAAUCUGAAGUAUUUAUAUGUGCCUGGAACCCCAGCACAGAUCUGCUGGCUAGUGGCUCAGGCGACAGCACAGCUAGAAUAUGGGACAUGACAGAUAAUCCUGCCACUACACCUAAUCAGCUGGUAUUAAGACACUGUAUACAAAAAGGUGGAGCAGAAGUACCUAGUAACAAAGAUGUUACUUCACUUGAUUGGAAUUGUGAUGGCAAUCUAUUGGCAACUGGAUCAUAUGAUGGUUAUGCAAGAAUUUGGACGACUGAUGGAACAUUAGCAUCAACCUUAGGUCAACACAAAGGGCCUAUAUUCGCUCUUAAAUGGAACAAACGUGGAAAUUAUAUUCUGAGUGCUGGUGUGGACAAAACAACUAUUAUAUGGGAUGCAGCAUCAGGACAAUGUACACAGCAGUUCUCGUUCCAUGCAGCACCAGCACUUGAUGUCGACUGGCAAACAAACAAUUCUUUUGCAUCUUGUUCGACUGACCAAUGUAUCCAUGUCUGCAAACUUCAUGUUGACAAACCCAUAAAAAGCUUCCAAGGGCACACGAAUGAAGUUAACGCCAUUAAAUGGGAUCCUCAAGGACAGUUGCUGGCUUCCUGCUCAGAUGACAUGACCCUGAAAAUAUGGUCAAUGAAACAAGACACUUGUGUACAUGAUUUGAAAGCACAUUCAAAAGAAAUCUACACAAUCAAAUGGUCUCCCACUGGACCAGGUACACCAAAUCCUAAUAUGAAUUUGAUAUUAGCAAGUGCAUCUUUCGACUCUACUGUACGUUUGUGGGAUGUAGAAAGAGGAGUAUGCAUUCAUACUCUCACAAAACACACAGAACCAGUCUAUAGUGUUGCAUUUUCCCCUGAUGGUAAGUUUUUAGCAAGUGGAUCCUUCGACAAAUGUGUGCAUAUUUGGUCAACACAGACAGGUGGUCUUGUGCACUCCUACAAGGGCACAGGAGGAAUUUUUGAAGUUUGUUGGAAUUCACGGGGUACAAAAGUAGGUGCAAGUGCUAGUGAUGGUAGUGUUUUUGUGUUAGAUUUACGCAAACUAUAACUUUGUAAUGUAAUCUAUAAUCUACUAAAUAUAGGAAGUUAAAUGUGUAAACAAUAAACUAGCUGUAUUCUUUUGAAAUAGCCCUUUGAAAAAAUAACCCUUUGGGAAUUGUUUAUCAACUUUUAAUAUACUACAAUAAAAGUGUAUUUCUGUAACAAUAUCAUUGUAAAAUAUGUCAUUUUAAAGUACAUAUUUCUGAAUAUGAUAUGACAAAUCCAAAUUCUGAUUUGGGUUUAUAUUUAGUAAAUCAAGAGUUUAAAGAAAGUUGUUCUUGAAAUAUUGUUUCAACACUUUGUAUUAUAAUUUAUAUAAGAAUUAAUAGUUUGGUUAUUUUGUUUAGAACUUGGUCAUAUGAAGAAAUAUUUUUUAUUUCAAUAGAAUUAUUCUUAAAAUACAAUUCUACGUUCCAGCUUGUACAUUAAAGCAUUCUUGGGAAUAAAUGUAUUAUUUAUU